AUUUUAUAUUGAACAACUUUGAUCUCUCUCUCUCUCACACACACACACAUUUUAUAUAUAAAUAAAUAUUUAUACGUAUAUUAUGACUGAUGGUAAUGAAGAUCAGUAUAGUUUAAAUCAGCAAAUUGCUGGAAUAAGCAUAAAUGAAUCUCAAUUGAGUCAAUCUGCUUACAUUCCACCUCAUCAUCGUGGAAAGAUGUAUAAUCAGGAACCGUCUAAUGGCUGGGAUAAGCCUUUAGUUAGACCAAGAUGGGGAGAUGGUUAUUCAGAUUAUAAUGCAGGAGGAUACAAUAGAGGGGGAGGAUGGAAAAGUAAUUCCUACAACACACGUCAACAAUUUGAUGAACGUGGCUCUUAUGGCGGAUAUCGUCGUGGUAGUGGCAAUAGGCAAUAUAAUUCAAAUUAUAAAAAUGCCAAUAUGGGAAACUAUGGUUAUUGGAAAGAUGGUGUACAUCAUCUUGCACGCCGUAAUAUGUACAUUGAAAAAGAAUUAUUUGGUAGCCUUGAAGACACAAAAGAGUCUGCAGGCAUCAACUUCGAUAAAUAUGAUGAUAUUCCUGUUGAAGUAGCUGGUGAAUACAUUCCUUCCCCUAUUGAACAGUUUACUUCACCACCAGUUAAUGAACAUCUUUUAAGUAAUAUUGAAUUGGCAGGAUAUACAUCACCUACACCAGUUCAAAAAUAUUCUAUUCCUAUUGUCAUGAAUCAUCGUGAUCUUAUGGCAUGUGCUCAAACAGGCUCUGGUAAGACGGCUGGUUUUCUUUUCCCUGUUUUAUCAAAUUUAUUCGAUCAAGGUCCAACUAUUUCUGAUCAUAACGUGAAUACAUUGAAUACUCAUCGUCAAACAAAAGCUUUCCCAGAGGUCUUAAUCUUGGCUCCCACUCGAGAAUUAUCUUCUCAAAUCUAUGAUGAAGCUAAAAAAUUCGCUUAUCGAUCCUGGGUACGUCCUUGUGUGAUAUAUGGUGGAUCUGAUGUUGGUCAGCAACUUCGACACAUGGAACGUGUUGGCUGUAAUCUUUUAGUAGCCACACCUGGUCGUCUUGUUGACCUUCUUGAACGUACUUAUAUCUCUCUUUCCAAAAUCCGUUAUUUGAUUUUGGACGAAGCAGAUCGUAUGUUAGAUAUGGGAUUUGAACCUCAAAUUCGUCGUAUUGUUCAAGGUGAAGAUAUGCCUGGUGUUCAAGCACGACAGACACUCAUGUUCUCUGCUACCUUUCCUAAAAAUAUACAAUUAUUAGCUCGUGAUUUCUUGAAAGAAUAUGUUUUCCUUUCUGUAGGUCGUGUAGGGGCCACCUCGGAAAAUAUUACACAAAAGAUUGAAUAUGUAGAAGAUAGUGAUAAAAGGUCUGUCUUACUAGAUGUUCUUACAUGUCAUCCAUCUGAGGGUCUGACAUUGAUUUUUGUUGAGACGAAACGUAUGGCUGAUGCAUUAACUGAUUUCUUAAUCAACAAUCAAUUCCCGGCUACCUGUAUUCAUGGUGAUCGUACUCAACGAGAGCGAGAAAAUGCCCUUGAUGCCUUUCGAACAGGUAGAGCACCUAUUAUGGUGGCUACAGCCGUUGCUGCGCGUGGUCUUGAUAUUCCUAACGUCACACAUGUCAUCUCCUUUGAUCUGCCAACUGAUAUUGAUGAUUAUGUACAUCGUAUUGGACGUACAGGUCGAGCAGGAAAUGUCGGUAUUGCAACUGCAUUCUUCAAUAGAAACAAUAAAAAUAUCGUACGUGGUCUCUUUGCGCUUUUGAAAGAAGCAAAUCAAGAGAUACCUGAUUGGCUUGAAAGUAUUGUACGAGAAACUUAUAGUCAUACUACUAGUCAUCGAGGACGUGGACGUGGUAACAUGAUGACUAGAAAUAAUAAUGGUUCUGGAACAAGACAUUAUAAUCUAAAUAGUCGUCCUGUAUCUAACUAUUAUAAUCCAUCGUCAUCUAGCAAUCCUCCUCAAUACCAUGCAAAAACAAGCUGGUUCUAAUAAUAAUCAAAAAAUGCACAAUAAAAUUAUAUUUAUUUAUUU